AUGAAGGUAUUCAUUUAUGUAUUGGCAUUUGUGGUAGCCUCUUGUUCUGCUGGUAUUUUGUCGGGUGGCAGUGAAGGAGGUGCUGGACAUCAUCAGGAAUCAGUUGGACAUGGGGAUCAUCAAGAAGUUAAGACAAUUAAAGUAAUUCAUCAAACCGAAGCUGGACAUGGAGAAAACAACCAUCAUCAUCAUCAUUCCGGUGGCCAUCAGGAUGUGAAAACCAUAAAACUAAUACACGAACAAGCCAGUCAUGAUCAUAAUGUGGCUCCGAUCUCGCAUCCAGAGCAUUUGGAAACCAUUAAACUAAUUCAUGAACAUGGUGAUCAAAAACAUUCUGGUGCUCAUCAUCAUCAUUCCGAUGUUGGCCAGCAGUCGGUAAAAAUUGUAAAAGUUAUUCAUGAAGGUACAGUCCAUUCUCAUGCUCCUGAUCACCAUCUUGCGGGAAAUCAUCAGGUGAAAACAGUUAAAGUUAUUCAUGAAAACCACCAUGACCACUCCCAUGCCCAUGCUAGCCAUCAGGAAGUUAAGACCUUGAAAGUAAUUCAUAAGGCUAACGAUCAUUCUCAUGGCCAUGGAUACGGAGGCGGAAAUACCCAGAAGGUUAAGACCCUAAAGGUUAUUCAUCAGAAUGCUGGUCAUCUUGAUCACUCUCCAGCUCAUCAUCACCAUCAAGAAGUUAAGACAGUGAAAGUAAUCCAUCAAAAUGUUGGCCAUUCUCAUGGCAGCUUUGGCGGAGCUCAUGAUCACUCUCAUGACAGUGGUCAUCAUGAUGUGAAGACCAUCAAAGUUCUACACUCCAAUGCCGCUCCCUCUCUAAGCCAACAUAAUGAUGUUAAAACCGUUAAGGUGAUUCAUCAAUCGUCAUCUGAUAACAAUGGUCAUGCUAACGCUGCUGUUCCAACCUCAACUGGACAUGUUGUUAAAACUGUCAAGGUUAUACAUCAAGCUCAAACACCAUCCAAUGCGUAUUUGCCACCAGAAGCCUCAUCAAAUAGUUGGAAAUAA